AUGCUUGCCCCACGCUUGCAGAAGGCGAUUAAUGCCAGCAGAUCUUUCCAUCUUGCGAGAGUCAUGUCUAUGCGUGGACCUCUGACGUUCGAUGGCUGGUACCCAAGAGAUCACAAGCCGAGUGCUCCACCAACUAAUGAAGAAGAGCGUCGUGCAGCAGCCGUCAAGUACGGUCUCCGCCCAGAAGAUUAUCACUCAAUGGAUAAAGAUGACGUGAUUAAGUUUGCUGGAGACUACCCAGACAUUGGCGUAGUAACCUAUGAUCACAAGGAUCCUUAUGAAGCAUGGACUGAUCGUCAAAAUCGCAGAAAUUGGGGAGAACUCGUACCAAUUGAUAUGAUGCGCUAUCGCGGAGAUCGUCUCACUUUCACCGGACUCGAAGCUGAAGACUAUACUACCUGGGGAUCUAUCGUGAUGUGCCUUCGUGUAUUGGUGCCAAUGGCUUUGAUUGCCUGGUAUUUCUGUAAUGAUCAUCCGAAUGCUCUCCGUUGGCGAAAUCCUGCGAUGCCAAAACAGUAUCCCUACGACUUCUAUCGCGCAUAUCCAUUCGAUGAUCCACGAAAAUAUCCAAUUGUUAACUAUUCGUUCGAUCUCGAAUAA